AAUAACUAGAAGCCCUUCAGUUUUUAAGUAGGGUUUCUCCUUUGCUGGGGCGCCAGCUUGCUCUGCGCUCGGGGCAGGCUGAAUGGAGUCAGCCUAGCAUUUCCCAUUCGCAAGUGAUAAGAGGGGGAGGUGGCGGCGCACAGAGAUCAGGUUUCAAGUGGAGCCCUGGUUUUAUGUGUGUGGGAAUGGACGCAAAGGAAAACACAGCCCGGCUGCCUUCUGACUCUUCCUGUUGAACCUGUUCGUGUGCCAGUGAGUAGACCUGAGUAAAAAGGUUUUCCUCAAACAGCCUUGGGUGCAAUUCGUGCCUGGAUUCAAAGUCGGCUCACCUCUCAGGAAGUACCGUGGGAAUCCAGGCUGCCCCAUUUUAGAACUCCUUUUCUGAGAAAAUCUACCGGAGAGAACCUGGCUCCCCUCUCCCUGACNUGGAAAGAGGGUGCUGGGGAGGUGUCCCUCGGCAGAGUGGCUGAUGUCAGUGGUGUGUCAACCGUGGGAGGCUUGGUUUGUGAAACCGAGUUACACCUAAGUGUCUUAUGAAACUCGAUUCAGAAGGUACNGGAGCUACCGUCGUGGGUAGGGAGGCAGGCAGGAUCCCGGGGCUUCCUCUCACGUUUCUGCCCAUUUGGGGGAACUUUUGGAUUGAAGGAAAUGACAACCUCAGCGCCACAGAAACCGUAGGACGUGGCUAUUUCAAUGGAAGCAGCUGGAAAAUUUGUAUUUCCGUGAGAAGAAAUUUGCUGUGGAGGUGCACGAUCCCCGAAGGAUUUCGGUGUCUAGAAGAACCUUUGGACAGAGUGGCCUGUUUGUACAAACCUGGUAUGCAAACUCCUCUCUCAUCAAGUCCAUCUGGGUAAUGGCCAUUAGCCAGCAUCAGUUCUACCUGGACCGGAAGCAGAGCAAAGCAAAAAUUCCUUCAGCCAGAAGCUUAGACGACAUCGCCAUGGACUUAACAGAGACUGGAACACAGAGGGGCUCCAAACUGGUGACUCUGGAAGCAAAGAGUCANUUCAUCAUGGCAAGCAAUGGCAGCCUGAUAUCCUCAGGUUCUCAGGACUCGGAAGGCAUGGAGGAGCAAAAGCGGGAGAAGAUUCUGGAGCUCAAGAAGAAGGAGAAGCUGUUGCAAGAAAAGCUCCUGCAGAAAGUGGAGGAGCUGAAGAAGAUCUGCCUGCGGGAGGCCGAGCUCACAGGCAGAAUGCCAAAGGAGUAUCCACUGAACAUAGGCGAGAAGCCUCCUCAGGUCAGGAGGCGAGUGGGGACCACGUUCAAAUUAGAUGACAACUUACUGCCUACUGAGGAGGAUCCGGCUUUACAAGAACUGGAGAGCAAUUUCCUGAUACAGCAGAAGCUGGUUGAGGCUGCAAAAAAGCUUGCCAGUGAGCCCGACCUUUGUAAAACCGUGAAGAAAAAACGAAAGCAAGAUUACACAGAUGCUGUGAAAAGACUGCAGGAGAUUGAAAAUUCCAUCAACGAAUACCGAAUCCGAUGUGGCAAGAAGCCCAGCCAGAAGGCUGCAGUUGUCCCACCAGAAGACAUCAUUCCAUCGGAAAGCAGUUCUUUGUCCGACACCACCACCUAUGACGACCCCAAUGACUCCUUCACUCUUGCUGGGCAGCGACCAAGUUCAGUACCUCAUUCUCCAAGAAUUCUACCCCCCAAGUCUCUCGGAAUUGAGCGAAUCCACUUCAGAAAAUCCUCCAUCAACGAACAGUUCAUGGACACCAGGCAUUCCAGAGAAAUGCUGUCCACACACAGCAGCCCUUACAAGACACUGGAGAGGCGGCCCCAGGGAGGACGGAGCAUGCCCACUACGCCCGUCCUGACUCGGAAUGCCUACAGCAGCAGCCACCUGGAACCUGACUCCUCAUCUCAACACUGCCGCCAGCGGAGCGGAAGCCUGGAGUCCCAGUCCCACCUGCUCUCCGAGAUGGACAGUGACAAGCCAUUUUUUACCCUCUCCAAAUCCCAAAGAAGCAGCAGCACGGAGAUCCUUGACGACGGGUCUUCGUAUACCAGCCAGUCAAGCUCCGAGUAUUACUGUGUGACGCCUGCUGCCAGCCCUUACUACACCACCCAGACCCUAGACACCCGUGCCAGGGGGAGAAGAAGGUCCAAGAAACACAGUGUUUCUACUUCCAAUUCAGGAAGCAUGCCCAACCUAGCACAAAAGGAUCCUUUGAGGAACGGUGUCUACUCCAAAGGUCAGGACCCACCUCCUUCNGGUUACUAUAUCGCUGGAUAUCCACCAUAUGCGGAAUGCGACCUGUAUUACAGUGGUGGCUACGUCUAUGAGAAUGACACUGAGGGACAGUACAGUGUCAAUCCUUCUUACCGAUCCUCAGCUCACUAUGGAUACGACCGCCAGAGGGACUACAGCAGGUCUUUCCAUGAAGAUGAAGUAGACCGUGUGCCCCAUAACCCUUACGCAACUCUCCGGCUGCCAAGGAAGGCGGCCGUGAAAUCUGAGCACAUCACCAAAAACAUCCACAAGGCCUUAGUUGCUGAGCACCUGCGUGGCUGGUACCAGAGGGCUUCUGGACAAAAGGAUCAGGGGCACAGCCCACAGACGAGCUUUGACUCAGACAGGGGAUCGCAGAGGUGCCUGGGAUUUGCAGGGCUCCAGGUCCCCUGUUCUCCAAGCAGUCGAGCAUCUUCCUACUCUUCAGUGUCUUCCACAAAUGCUUCUGGGAACUGGAGGACCCAGUUAACCAUUGGGCUAUCUGAAUACGAAAAUCCAGUGCAUUCUCCCUACACCAGCUACUAUGGCAACAUCUACAAUCCCUUGUCUUCUCCGAGCAGACAGUAUGCAGAGACCACUCCGCUGGACGGUACAGACGGAAGCCAGCUGGAAGACAACCUGGAGGGUAGUGAACAGAGGCUCUUUUGGCACGAAGACUCCAAGCCUGGAACAUUAGUCUGAAUGCAGCUGGACCUCCUGACCAAGCACUGCGCGUGCUCACACUAGUGUGCCUUGCAGAGUCCGUUCGUCUUCUAGAAGGCAUCAAAGGCUGAAGACAAGACUUAAAUGUGGUUUGAAAGCAAAGAAUCACACACUAAACCCCCACAGAGCCCUGGGGGAGGACUUGCCUUCCAAACUCCAGGCACUAACCUAUCACUAAGUCAGAUCCCGUUCGUUGUGUGACUCUUGUCAAGAGGACCUGCACGAAGCCCGGAUCCACAGAGAGCUUUUUUGAAGGGAAUAACAGUUGUCGAAGGCAAACCUCGAAGCUGGGAAGGUGGUCAGGGAGUUUGCCCCAUUGGAGAGGAGGAUGGGAGAUUUCAGAGCACAGUUGAGAUGCUGAGAGAGGGAGCCCAGGAGCUCCUGAAUCGUGGCUCAUCUUCACAGGGUUUGAACUUGUGAGCUGACAGAAAACACACCUUUUCUACAAAGAGAUGAGGACAGCUUAGACAGUAUUGGAAACUUACUUGAAGAGAAGUUAGAUUUUCAUAAAGUUCUGAAUGAGUGUAGAUGUUUUAGGCUAUUGNAAAGCAAUGUUCUUCAUAAGAGCCCUAGUAUGGAUUCUAGUCUUCUGAUUGCUAUAGCAUCCUGUAACUAUAACUUAACAGUAGCCAAAUAGAGGAAAUGAAGUCACUGGCCAGCUCUGCUUGGAGAAUGUUCUUAAGGUACAUGCCACCAAUCCCUGUUGUGCUUCCCAACACUGACUGUUCAGACUGGUGACCCUUGCCUGUCACCUGAACGGUGGGCUCGAGGUGGCAAGUUUAUCCAGAGAACGUGUCUGGAGAUGCUAACAGAAAGGACCCCAGAGGACAAAGCCAACCCACAUCACCGUAGAUGAAUUGUGUGCCUUAAAGUGGUGAACCGUAGAAAAUGAAGCCUACGACCUGAACUCCAGAAGCAAAUCCGAGUCACAAAGUGACAAGCNGAGAUUGACAGGAAAGAAUUUACUCUGAGCUGCAGGAGAUUGAAUUAUGAGGAUUAAACUACCUCAUACCCCACUGGAGGAGCUCAUUUGCAUAGGUUUGUGGUUCAUAGGAUUUUGCU